AUGGCGGCAAACUUUAUCCUGGACCAGCGCUACAGCAGUAAAGACUCUUGUCCUGGAUUCUGUCAGUUGGAGUUUCUUAAACGGUGGGAUCCUCAACAGGCCUUCUCUGUUGGCACGAGUAGGAUCUCAAGUUCUACUUACAAAUAUCGGAAUGAAGAAUUCAAGAAACAAUUCUCACACCUGCCAGAUUUGGAAAGGCUCGUAGUGGAUUAUGCCUGUGCCCUCCAAAAAGAUAUCCUCCUUCAAGGACGCUUAUAUCUGUCUGAAAACUGGAUCUGUUUCUACAGCAACAUCUUCAGAUGGGAGACUAUGAUUUCUAUCGCUCUGAAGGACAUAACCUUCAUGACAAAAGAGAAGACGGCUCGGCUUAUUCCAAAUGCUAUCCAAAUUGCUACAGAAGGGGAGAAGUUUUUCUUCACUUCCUUCAGUGCCAGAGACAGAACCUACCUCAAUAUAUUUCGAUUAUGGCAAAAUGCAUUGUUGGAGAAGAAAUUAACCAAACAGGAAUUCUGGCAGCUUGUACACCAGAGCUAUGGCUCUGAGCUUGGCUUGAAUAUAGAAGAGAUGGAAAACAUUUAUGCAUCAUCUGAAGAGAAUGGACAAUUAAGAUCUAACCUUAGUGAUGAAUCUGGAGAUAAGGAACCAGCUAAAGCUGUUGGUCUAGUUCAAGAAUCCACUGCUCAGACUGAAGAUGAGACAGAAUUUCUUACUGGAAAUUCACUUUCAGAAGUUGCUGAACCAGAGGAAUGUCGUUAUGAUAAACAAGACAAGAGAAAUUCUUUGAUUCCUUUAGAAAGGAAGCUUUCUGAUGUUGUACCACAAAAAGUUUCAGUACAAUCCUUGGAUGUAAAUGAGAAUUUUCCUAAGGAGAAGAGCAGUGCCUCUGAAAGCGAUGAAGACGCUGAGGAAGCCAUCCUCAAGCGUGAACUCCAUGGAAAACUCUUUAUUAAUCACAUUUACCGUAUUGGUGCAGAGAAGAUGUUUGAAAUGCUUUUCACUAAUUCCCAUUUCAUGCAGGCAUGUCUCAGGACUAGAAAUAUAACAGAUAUUGUAUCAACUUCUUGGAACCAAGAUAAUAGAGGCAAUCAACUCAGGACCCUGACUUACACAAUUAUGCUUAACAAUCCACUUAUUGGAAAAUUUACAACUGCAACAGAAAAACAGAUGCUGCAUAAACGAAGCCACAAAGAUCGGUCAUAUCAAGUAGACACAGAGGUGGUGACACACAAUGUACCUUACCACGAUUACUUCUACACUGUGAGCAGUUAUAGUAUCUCUCAUAUGUCCAGUCAAAAAUGCAGACUCCGGAUUUCCUCAGAUGUGAAAUACAAAAAACAACCGUGGGGGCUUGUCAAGAAUAUAAUUGAGAAGAAUACAUGGGGAGGUAUCCAGGAAAAUUUUAAACAACUUGAAUCAGAAUUACUAAUGGAAGAAUAUGCAAUAAACAAACCUAUUGAGGAUCUUGCAAAACUUGAAGUCCUAAGAAGAAGAAGAUGGAUUUUACAGCGGAAUGCAGAAGAGAUACUUCCUAAACACUCUAUACAAGAUUCUAUAGAAGACAAAACAACAAUAGCUCUUGGGAAUGUAGGAACAAAGAAGAAUGUUACAAAUAAAACCAUCACCAUCAUAGUGGGAAUGAGUAUUUUUUUAGUUCUACUGGUUUUUCUGAAUGUGGCACUGUUCCUGAAAUUGUCAAAGAUCGAACAUGCAGCUCAGUCAUUGUACCAUGUUCAACUUCAGGAAGAAGUGUCGACAACUCUAGCCCUUAACGUGGCAUCAAAGGAGAAAACUCAUCGUAACAUGAAUCAAGCCCAACAUAUGAAAGGGGUGUUAAAGGAGUCUAUAGCAUUGCUUGAACAGCUGAAGACCUCAUUGUCUAUGCUCCAGCGUAGUUUUGAUCAUCUAAACACAACCAAAGACGGGAAGCCUGAAAGUUGAUGUCAACAAAGUCAGCUACUAAGAAAUGAAAAUACAAUAAAAAAUAUAUUGCUGUGAUAGUAAAGCUGCUUCUUUACAGUUUUUUCAUCACAAUACUUUAACAUAUAAUAAAUAUUGUUCUGGAAUAAGCUUCUUUAAAAAAGAAUUUUCUUGUGAAUUUGUGAAUCUUUGUGAAUGUUCCUGACCCACUUGAUGUCUUAUAUGUGUGUUUCUUAUGUUUGUGUGUGUGUGAAAACACUUUCUUGAGCUGUGAAUAUUGAUGGAAAUGACUGAUUGAGAACACAAUGAGAGCUGAUAAUUAUAUAUACAUUGCAGAUAUACACUUCAGCAAAGCACCGCACUGUAUAAAGAAAUAAACACUGGAUUUAGAUGGGAACAAUCUUAAGUGUUAUGAAAGAUGCAAUACAAAAUGUUUGGUUUAUCACAUGCAAAGUUUUUCUCAUCUUCUUCCUUGUAUUUAUGUAACAAAUCUUCAAAAAUAAAUUGUUGCAAUGUU